CCGGGUCCCCGGCAGCGCGCCAGCCCCGGGGGCCGCCAGGGCCUGAUCCUUCUUCCCCCUUCCACCUUGCACCCGCAGCCCUGCACCUGCGGGAGCCCCUGCACGGGCCGGCGUCGAUGCUGAGCGCGCCGAGGGCAGCGCCCGCCUCCCCGCACCAUGGACGGCUUCUACGACCAGCAGGUGCCCUUCAUGGGCCCCGGGAAGCCCUGCGCCGAGGAGGGCCGAGGGCGGCUCGGGGGCGACCGCAAAAGGAAGUUUUUGGAGACCGACCUGGCUCACGACUCGGAAGAGCUCUUCCAGGAUCUCAGCCAGCUGCAGGAGGCCUGGCUAGCCGAAGCUCAGGUCCCCGACGAUGAACAGUUUGUCCCAGAUUUCCAGUCCGACAACUUGGUCCUGCACGCCCCACCUCCGGCAAAGAUCAAGCGGGAACUGCACAGCCCUUCCUCCGAGCUGUCGUCCUGUAGCCACGAGCAGGCUCUUUGCGCUAACUAUGGAGACAAGUGCCUCUACAAUUGCUGUGCCUACGACAGGAAGCCCCCCGCCGGGUUCAAGCCAUUAACACCGCCCGCCACGCCAGUGUCUCCUGCCCACCAGGGAUCGUCGCUCCCACCGCCAGCCCCGGCCGUUCAGGCUGCUGCCCAUGCCACCCCGGCCACCCGACUCCAGGGGGCUCCCCCAGCCCCUCACCCUCUUCAGGAACAGAGGCAGCAAACCUUCGCCGUGCCCCGGCCACCUCACCCGCCCAUGCACAUGCCAAAGAUGAUGUCUGAAAACCAAUACCCCGCAGAGCACAGGUUUCAGAGGCAGAUGUCCGAGCCCUGCCACCCCUUCCCGCCGCAGCCCGGCCUCGCCGGCGACAGCCGCCCCGUCUACCAGCGGCAGCUCUCGGAGCCCGGCCUGCCCGCCGCCGCCCCCCAGCCCGCUCAGGGAUUCAAGCAGGAGUACCACGACCCGCUCUACGAGCAGGGGGUUGCCGGCCUGCCCGGCCCCCCCGGGCCCUCUUUCCGGGCCCCCGUGGGCAUUAAGCAGGAGCCCAGGGAUUACUGCAUCGACUCAGAAGUGCCUAACUGCCAGUCCUCGUACAUGAGAGGAGGGGGCAUCUUCCCCAGCAGCCACGAUGGAUUUUCGUAUGAGAAGGACACACGAUUGUAUUUUGAUGACACGUGCGUGGUACCGGAGAGACUGGAGGCAGGCAAAGUGAAGCAGGAGCCCACCAUGUACCGCGAGGGCCCUCCAUACCAGCGCCGUGGCUCACUGCAGCUCUGGCAGUUCCUCGUCACGCUGCUGGAUGACCCUGCCAAUGCCCACUUCAUUGCCUGGACGGGCCGGGGCAUGGAGUUCAAGCUGAUCGAGCCUGAAGAGGUAGCGCGCCGCUGGGGGAUCCAGAAGAACCGGCCCGCCAUGAACUACGAUAAGCUCAGCCGGUCUCUACGCUACUACUACGAGAAGGGCAUCAUGCAGAAGGUGGCCGGCGAGCGGUACGUGUAUAAGUUCGUCUGCGACCCCGACGCCCUCUUUUCCAUGGCUUACCCCGACAAUCAGCGCCCGUUCCUGAAAGCGGAGCCCGACUGCCACGUCACCGAAGACGACACCCUGCCGCUGACGCACUUCGAGGACAGCCCGGCGUACCUCCUGGAGAUGGAUCACUGCGGCGGCCUUCCCUACGCGGAGGGCUUUGCUUACUGACUUUGCCAGCCAGCGGAGCAGCUAGCACUAGCAAAUCCAGUUUGGGCAAGCAAGGGCAAUGAUUUUAUAAAGAAUAUAUUUUGCUGUUCCUAUAUAUAUUAAAAGAAAAAAUGCAAGCAAAA